GGAUUUGUUUACAUGGUCGUUUGGUCGAAGGCAGUUUCAUGAGUUUGAUUUCAUUUGACUUUCUCUAAAGAUGGCAAGAACAUAAAGAUUACCAUGACGACUGUUAGAGAGGCGGGAUUGUCCCGCCCAGAGGCAGGGCUUGAUCCUAGAUUGACAACCAAUGGAGCCCCUAAAGAGGAAGAGGAGUGUCAUGUGUCCCAGAAGCUUGCUGUUUUACAGGAGGAAAGUCUGAAGCCAAUCAAAGAGGACCUGGCUGAGUGGAUUGCAAGGACUCUUGGUAUUGAUAUAUCAACAGACAAUUUUAUGGAUGUUCUUGAUAAUGGAGUACAUUUGUGUAAUCUGGCCAAACUAAUCCAGGGGAAAGCAGAAGAGUGUGUCCGAGACGGAAGCUACACAGAGCCCCUACCCAAAGUUUCAUUGAAGUACCGUAAAAAUGCCACUCCUGGAAGCUGGUUUGCAAGAGACAAUACGGCUAACUUCCUUAACUGGUGUAAAGCGUACGGAAUGGCCGAUGAUCAGAUGUUUGAAACAGAGUACCUAGUGUCACACACUGGAGAGAAGUCUGUUUUGAUGACCAUUCUUGAGCUGGCCAGAAUCGGCUAUAAGUUUGGUCUGGAUCCUCCGAAUCUGAUCCGGAUGGAGAAGGAAAUCGAGAAAGAAGAGGAGGUUCCAGAGGUGAAACCAGAGAAACCUACAGGUCUCGAUGCUGAGGUCAGAAGAAUUGCCUUUCUUUGUAAAUGUCAUGAUCAUGUGAAGAAGCUAGGGGAAGGAAAAUACCUCAUCUUUGGAAAAGUGGUCCAGAUACGGUUCUUAAAGAAUCGUCACCUUAUGGUACGAGUAGGAGGAGGUUGGGAUACACUGGAACAUUAUUUGAUCCACCACCGACCCGUACAGGUGUUUGAACAUAAGAGACUGAUCGUAGGAGAACCCCCAGAUAUCGGAAACAAAUACCUGUACUUCAAAUCAAAGUAUAAAUCCCACGCUCAGGUCGCUAGUGAACAGAAUGGGCAUGCCCACUGAGGAGUGACAAAGGGGUAAAAUGUAUCCACAGAAAUCAAGUGGGCAUGUAUAUAUUAUUUAUGGAAACACCUUUUACAAGAUUGAGUCGCUCUUGGAUAUUAUGAAAGUUGUGCUCACGCUGUGUUUGUUCACAUUACGAUGAUUUAAUAUGUUUACUGGAUUCAAGGUUAAUUGUUACGUUUUGUACUUGGAAUUGUUGAUAUUGCAAAAGGUUGUGAAGACUUUUACUGGAAGGAAUUUUAAGUAUCAUUUUACUGUACUGUUAAUCUUGCACAUGGUGUAUCUUUUAUUUAUAUUUUUGUUUACAUUAUCAGAACAGUAUUUUUUUCUGUGUAUUUAUUUUGUCACACAUUGUCAGCAAAUCUUUUGUUUUGUUAUUACAUAAAACAAUGUUUUUGUUGAUCUGUAAAUGAACAUAUUGGUUUUGUGUUCUUCAAAGUAUGGGUGCAUUUAAUUAUAAAUUCAGUGUUUUUUUUACACCAAAGGUGCUCAUAUGAUAUUCCUGAUAUUUAAGUGAAGAACAUACAUUGAUAUGAAAUGUUGCUUAAGGGUUUGACUUAAAUCUGAAGAGUAAUUACAUGUACAUAUACCGUACUGUGUAUAGCAUGAACUGUUCGUUUGAUUGUUCAAAAUUUAUUGUUUUCAACUAAUGUUCAAUUAACUAUCAUCAUCCAACUAUUAAACCAUCUCAUUUAUUCAACUAAUUUUUACCCAAGUUAUAUUGAAUACUGCUGAUUCAUUUCCACUUCAAGUUUUAGAACAGAACUACAAAUGAGCUAGGGUCCAUUUUGGUUCUUCUUUUUUCCGUGACAAUUUGUCUUCCUUGCUAUUCUCUACCUAAGAAUGAUUUCUUCAUUUUCAUGCAUAAAGAUCAAAUUUUUCAUGUUAUUCAGGGUAGAAAGACUUGUACAUAAAAGCUAAAUCUUUAAUUUGGUUUAAUGUAAACCAAAAACUUUGAGCUUGAUUAUUAAAUGAAAGAUCUGACUAGUAAGCAUCCUCUUUUCAUAUUUAUUUUGUAUAUUUUGGUGUUUAUUGGAAUGAAUAGGGUUUAAACAGAAAUAUGUAUGACAUAAUAUUACUUUAUAAUGUGUGGACUUCAAAUAUUGCAUAUAAUUUACAUGUAGAAAAUUUUAUUUAGAUUUGUAUUGUUUUCAGUAGAUGAUGUCACAAUUGACAACUUCAAAUAUGUAAAACCACUGUGUGCAGGUUUUCACUUAGUGAUUUUUUUUUUCAUUUCUCCAACAUUAUAUUAUACUGAAGUAUAAGCUUUGUACAGUAACACCCAUAAGUCAACAGAAAGUAUUUUUUUUAAAAAUAUACACAACUGAAUUCAAUCCAGAAUCGACUUAUUUAAAGGGAAAUAACCACAAUCAAGCUAACUAUACAUUGUCUCUCGUCCCUUGUCUUUUUAAUCAAAAAAUUUCUGUUCUCAGACUUAAAAAUUUGUUUUAAUUUCUAAGGUGUUGAAAACUGGCUUAUAAUAACUUUUAUUCAUAUAUACAGUAAUUUUAUGCUGUCAUGAAGCGUUGUUUUUUUCUUCUUUUGUUGUAUAUAUAUACAAUGUAUUUGUUAUUUGCCACAUUCCAUAUACCUACAUAUACACUAAGUUAAAUUUUACUCAUGAGAUAUAUUUUAUUUGCUAUGCAGACCGUCCAUUUAUUUUAAUCCGCUGUUUUGUUGUGUGUUUGGUUAAAUACCUUUAAUUAUAUAUAUUUGUUUAUCUUGGGAGAUUUUAUUUUCAGAAUUCCAUCAAAAGUUCAUUAAAA